AUGAAAGAUCAAACAAACUCGUUUGAACUUGAUUCAAAUCUUAAGAAUUUGUUACUUGAUCCAUUCUUUAAAGAGGCCGUACACAAUAGUAAAGUAGCUUGGCGCAAGGUGGUUACUUCAAGUGCCAUGCUAGGAAUCCCCUCUCCACCAUUCAGUACGGUUCAUGCCUUUUAUGACAGUUAUAGAAGUGCUAGACUUCCAGCCAAUUUACUACCGGCUCAACGUGACUAUUUUGGUUCACAUACAUAUGAGCUAUUAACAGCUCCCGGAAAAUAUAUUCACACAAACUGGACUGGUACUGCUGGUGAUGUUUCAGCCAGCACAUACAAAGCUUAA